UUCUCCUCAUUUUUCUACUCUUUUGUGGGAAUGAGUUGCCAACCUUUUACUUCGGCUGAUACCUUUAUACCUCUGAAUUCUGAGUCUUCUGCAACUCUGCCUCUGAUAAUGCAUCACAGCGCUGCCGAGUGCCUACCAGUCUCCAACCACGCCACCAACGUGAUGUCCACAGCAACAGGACUUCAUUAUUCUGUUCCUUCCUGUCAUUAUGGAAACCAGUCAUCGACCUAUGGAGUGAUGGCAGGGAGCUUAGCCCCUUGUCUUUAUAAGUUUCCCGACCACACCUUGAGUCAUGGCUUUCCUCCCAUGCACCAGCCUCUCCUGGCAGAGGACCUCACAGCCGCUGAUUUCAAGCAGGAGCUCAGGCGGAAAAGCAAGUUGGCUGAAGAGCCAAUAGACAUGGAUUCUCCAGAAAUCCGAGAACUUGAAAAGUUUGCCAAUGAAUUUAAAGUGAGAAGAAUUAAGCUAGGAUACACCCAAACAAAUGUUGGGGAAGCCCUGGCAGCUGUGCAUGGCUCUGAAUUCAGUCAAACAACUAUCUGCCGAUUUGAAAACCUGCAGCUCAGCUUCAAAAAUGCAUGCAAACUAAAAGCAAUAUUAUCCAAAUGGCUGGAGGAAGCCGAGCAAGUAGGAGCUUUAUACAAUGAGAAAGUGGGUGCAAAUGAAAGGAAAAGGAAACGGAGAACAACUAUCAGUAUUGCUGCUAAAGACGCUCUGGAGAGACACUUUGGAGAACAAAAUAAACCUUCCUCUCAAGAGAUCUUGCGGAUGGCUGAAGAACUGAACUUGGAGAAAGAAGUAGUGAGGGUUUGGUUUUGCAACCGAAGGCAGAGAGAAAAACGGGUGAAAACAAGUCUGAAUCAGAGUUUAUUUACUAUUUCUAAGGAGCAUCUUGAAUGCAGAUAAGAUUUCCUAUUGUGUAAUAGCCAGUUUUUCUAUUUUUCAUUCCUCUCUCUUCUCCAGCCAAAAUAGAAAUUCCUUUUUCGGUUAGCUUCAAAAAAAUCAUAUCAGUAACUUUUGUAGAAGCUUUUCUUUUCUACUUUAAAAAUAAAUACGACAAUUUAAAUUAUAUUGAUGAAUUAUUCUCAGAAGCCACAUUGUGCUUUUUAAGCCAGAGACUAAUAGGAAUAAAGCAGUGAUUCUCUCUCUCAGUAUAUCUCUCCCUGUCUCUUUAUACACACACACACACACACACACACACACACACACACACACACACACACAGGGGAGUGGUCUUUUAAACUUUCCUUUUCCAAAGGCUGUGUAUUUGCUUUUUAAUAUUUUAGUCAGUAAUGUCACAUAAAGAAUAUCACCAGAGAUCCAAUUAGAAAAUUCCUUAACUGAUGUCCUGCUUACCAUCAGCUCUAAUAGUUUGUUUGAACUAAACUUUUUUUUUUAAUAUAAAUUUAUUUUAUUAUUUAUUUAUUUUUGGCUGCAUUGGGUCUUUGUUGCUGUGUGCGGGCUUUCUCUAGUUACGGUGAGCGGGGGCUACUCUUCGUUGUGAUGCACGGGCUUCUCGUUGCAGUGGUUUCACUUGUUGCAGAGCACGGGCUCUAGGUGCACAGGCUUCAGGAGUUGUGGCACGUGGGCUCAGUAGUUGUGGCUCGCAGACUCUAGAGCGCCGGCCCAGUAGUUGUGGCGCACGGACUUAGUUGCUCCGCGGCAUGUGGGAUCUUCCCGGACCAGGGCUCGAACCCGUGUCCCCUGCGUUGGCAGGCGGAUUAACCACUGCGCCACUAGGGAAGUCCUGAACUAAAGGUUUUGCACUUAAGAACCACAGGGGCCUUUGAAUGUUAUUAUUGCGUUUAGGAAUAAAUCUUAGAAGUGACACCUUUGAAGUUAACAUUUAGGGCAUAGAGCCCAAAGAAGUGUUUCAAAAUAAAUUUGUAGAAAUAUUAAUUUAUGUUCUUUUAAUUCUUCCCAGACAUUAGCUUUUUUGAUGUUUAGCUUUAGAAAACAUGCUUUAUUGAUUCUUGAGCCCCACACUGCUAUUUCUGUAAGCUGUAAAAGUGCAAGGAAGAGGUCUGGCUUGUUUGCUGUUGUUUC